AUGGCCAAUAAUAAUUAUGAGAGCAGAAAAUAGGUGCAUGGACUGGGCGUGGAAGAUGGAGAUCGAAUUGGAGGUGUAUGCCUAAAAGGUCCAAGACAGGGAAAGGACCCAAGACCAAGCUAAGCCAGGAGUCAAACAAAGCCUAUCCCAAGCACCUAUCCACCCACCACCACCAGGACAACAAUUUUGGUAUACAGAUGACGCAGAAAAUUGGCAAGCUAUAUAUAGAGAGAGUUGCUUGUAGCUUUGGCCAGACACAAGCACAGCACAAAACCAUCAUCCCACGAGCAGAUCGACAGGAGUGGGAAGAGCAAGUUUAGCACCAACCAAGGAUGAAGAGCAGCACGCUGGUGGCGAUCCUAAUCCUCCACGCCGUCAUGGUCAUGGGAAUCCUCUCACACUCACAGGCCGUCGACGUCGAUUUCCCCAAGUGCUGCGACAACUGCAGCACCUGGUCGGGGGGCAUGUUCUGCGACGACGUCGGCCCCAAGUGCCGCAACGGCUGCGCGAACUGCCACGUGGUGCAGACGACCCCCGUGAAGACGUUCCGGUACGGAGAUGCACGCGCCACCCACUUAGGGCAUCUCCAGCCGCGUCCCCAAUAAGGCCUCCCCAGGCGUUUUUUUUGCGCCGGCACCGAAAAAUCGGUCCAGUCACGCCCACAGGAGCCCGAUUUUCGCUGGCUUGAGCCGAAAACAGCGCCGGCGGACUCAGGCCGAACCCAACGCGCUGGGGGGCGCCCGGGGGCGCCGGGGCGAACUGUUUUGGCGCGAAACAGCCG